ACUCCAUCACUCCAUUAGAACUCUUCAUCGAAUAUUUGGAGAUUCGCGGCCCAUUACUCCACACGCGCCUCCACCGACCACCGUUGUCCGGCUACUCUCCUCCAUGGCUCCGUCCGUUCACGGUUCACCAUUCGUCCAUUCGUCCACCAUUAUAGAUUUAUAGCCUCCGGUAGUCAGUUUGCCCUACUAAUGUCUCCGUCCGUUCACCGUGAAUGUGAUGAUCGAGGGUGCCAUAUGGUUGGCUAUUUUUCUAAGCUCAACAUUCCGCCACUGAUAAUGUGGAUUGUAAAACGAAGAGCCCAGUUUCUGGAAUUUGUUAACAGUGUAGUACUGCAGUGGUUUGGUUGCUCAAAGUGGAUUUUCUUGCAAUGUUGUUAGUUUGAAGUUUAGUUCCAUAAUGGCCUUGAGAGGUGUGAAAAACUUCCUUUGCGGAUCACGGGUUCUGACUGUCAAGCAGAAUGGUGUGAUGAGAUUGAGUUUGGUUUGGUACCACUGCUCAGAGGAAUCAGAAAGGGAGUCUUUGCCUUCUGAAUGGUAUGAAAAAGCCUUCUUAAAGCUAACCAAGUUAUCUAGCUUUUUGAAGACUGUGGACUUGAUUAAUGGAAGGCCUGUUAAUGUUAUUGAUGAAUCUAGGGUUCAUGAUGACAUUUUGCUAGAAAACUUACAUCUUUUCAAGUCCCUAGCUAGAGACUUCAUUGGGUGUCCUUCAGUUCAAGAAACAAUGAAGAAGAACAUGAUAGUUGCUUUAGGGAGCAAUGCAGAAUGCAAAGAGCCUCUUUGUUUUAGUAAAGCUAGUGAGAGAGAAUCAAUCAGGGUGGAUUCACUCACAAAGGUGGCUAGUUUCUUGGACAUUUCAGCUCAACAGAGGAAGGUAGUCAGGGCAGCAAUAUGCCCUCAGGUCACUCGACACCAGAUAUUGACUGGUGCACUUGAAGAGAUACUAGAUGGAUUGAAAUCUGAGAUAGAGUAUUUCGAUUCUAGGUGCCCAAGUAACCAAGUUAAAAUGGCAAAGCAGAUUGUUGUGAGUUGUCUUAAGGUUUUAGAUAUUGCCACUUCUUACAACCCAGAGUCCACUUCAUGGAUGCGAGUUGCACCCGUAAAAGAUGCAGAUUCACCUACUACUUCACAUAAAUGGGAAGAUAUUCUGGAGAGGUUCAUUGAUCUUGUUGACUGCUUGAGUGAAGAAACAAAAUUAGCUCUAGAUGUUAAGAAGGCAGAGGUCAUGAAAGAGGCGCUUUAUCAGAUAAGGGAUGUUAGGAUAGAUAAAAACAUUGGAUACAGGGAGACUCGCCAUCAGGAAAGCUUAGUACAAAAGAUAUUAUCUAAGACACUGGGUCACUCAUCUCGGUGCUUAUUUACACUUCUCACGUAUUAUCUUUAUGGCAACAUGCAAGAUAUUGAAGUAGAAGUUCGUGGGGGGCUUUAUGAAAUUGGUCAAGGGAAUAAGUUCCGCUUGUGCAUGGGGAAGAUCUUGACAUCAGAUGAGGAGAAGAUGUUGUGGAGUGGAGUGAAGCAGCUGGACAAGGCUUUGGGGCUCUUCAAGUUUAUUUGGGAAGCAGCCGGAAUGAAAGGAGAUCUUGAAUUGCAAGGCCAUUUGUGGUGCAUUGGCACUGAUAGCAGAUCACUCGCAUAUAGAGGGAAUACAUUCUUAUUGCACGGGAUUGAUCAUUUCCGUUAAUUGUGCCUUAACUCGAGCCAACGUCCUGUCAUCCUUCAUGUGAGCUAAAACAAAUCUAGUGAGUAACUUUCUUUUACUCACACACCGAUUAUUAGCUUUUUCUCCCUUUAUCCAAAAUAGGAAUAAUGUUAUAUGCAUGUCAGAAUAGGUGUAUGUGUCCUGUGAUUCAGAAUUUUAGUUACUCUAGCUAUUAGAGUUUGCGUAUUAUUCAUUGUUAGCCAUGAUCAAAUACAUUCAUCAAUACUAUAUCCUUUCAUGGCAUCAAUAGCAAGUAUAAUCUUAUUUAGAUGAACUGCACUUUGCUUUGCGGGCAUGUGGCAAUAGCAAUGUGUUGUUGGCAGUGCAUAGCUCUUUAGUUAUUGUAUUAGUUAUUGGAUGACGAGGGAAACCUGUAGCCACUGUCCGAGGGUGUGCACGGGGUAAAUCUAGCCUGGUGACCCUAACCGGCGAAGGACUACAAGGAGAUUCCAUAAGAUACACCAGCUUUGAAUGUGGGGCUACAAGUUCAAUUCUCCAAAUCUUGGCCUUAUAUGGGCAAUGGCUGCACCCACCCACCCCAGUCACAAUAUCAAGGAACUAUAUUGUAAAUUGUUGAUACAGAAAUAAAUAUGAUAAUGAUGUUGUAGCUAACUGGUUGAAAGGUAAUGUUUAUGGAACAGAUCUUGACAAAUAAUUGUAGAUUAGAAUCAAGAAAA